CGUGUUUUACUUAUGGGUCCCAGACGAGGUGGGAAAACCAGUAUCCAGGCAAUUGUUUUUCAAAAGAUGUCUCCACACGAAACGCUAUUUCGCUUGGAAGCGACACAACAGACCGAGCGUGCUUUGGUGGAUCAUACAUCGCUUUGUCGCUUCACUAUUCUCGACUUCCCGGGAGACGACUACGGAGGCGAAACGAUGGUCUUUGAUGGGCCUACUACACUCCUGUUUGUCGUUGACGCUCAAGAUGAACCCUACGACCACGUUCUGCAGUCGUUUUCCAAUGUGGUUACCCGUGCACUUAGUGUCAAUCCACAAAUCUCCAUCGAAGUCUUUAUUCACAAAGUCGAUGGUGAGCUGUUUUUGAGCGAUGAAUCCAAGUACGAUUGUCGAAGGGAUGUUAUGUCGCAGGUUUCGGAAGAGCUCGCUGAUGCGGGGGUCGGCAUGGACGCCGUGCAGAUUCGCUACCACUUAACAUCCAUUUACGAUCAUUCUGUUUACGAAGCUUUCAGCAGGGUCGUCCAAAGACUGAUUCCACAAUUGCCUACCCUUGAGAAUCUAUUAAACGUGUUGGUUUCCACCUGCUCAAUGGAAAAAGCCUAUCUAUUUGACGUCGUGAGUAAGCUCUAUAUUUCAACAGAUUCUGGGCCCGUCGAUACGCAAUCUGUCGAGCUCUGUUCAGACAUGAUAGACGUUGUGCUGGACGUCAAUUCCGCAUAUGACAGGGAGUCGGCGAGUGUCAUUCGUCUCAGCAACGGAAUGGUACUCUACUUGAAAGAAGUUGACACCAUGCUUGCUCUAGUUUGUAUCACGCGGUCUGAAAACUUUCGGAAAAAGUCUCUCAUCAAUUACAACAUUGGUUGUUUGAAGAAAGCUCUGUUGGCGCUUGCCGAGCCU